AUGUAUUUUUUAGUUACUGGAAUAGCUCAAAAGAUGUCAGGCAAGAAGAGAAGAAAUAUCGAGACAACAGCAGAGGAUCUCUCUGGAGUUGAAUUUGAGAGCUCUGAGGAGGUGGAAGUUAUCCCAACUUUCGAUGGCAUGGGAUUGAGGGAGCCGCUGCUUCGUGGUAUUUACUCGUACGGUUUCGAAAAACCGUCUGCAAUCCAGCAGCGUGCCAUCAAGCCAAUCAUGAAAGGUCGUGACGUUAUAGCGCAGGCCCAGUCUGGUACCGGAAAGACUGCGACGUUCUCGAUUUCGGUGCUUCAGUCAAUUGACACGGAUCUGAGAGAGUGCCAGGCUUUGAUUCUUUCACCGACUCGUGAAUUGGCUGUGUCGGGUACUCCCGGUCGUGUGUUCGAUAUGAUUCGUCGUCGUAAUCUCCGUACACGCUCGAUUAAACUGCUAGUUCUGGACGAAGCCGACGAGAUGUUGAAUAAAGGAUUCAAGGAACAGCUUUAUGAUAUCUAUAGAUAUCUUCCACCUGGCGCUCAGUCGUUUUUGCUGUCUGCCACACUACCUCACGAGAUUCUCGAAAUGACCAGUAAAUUCAUGACUGAUCCUAUCAGAAUCCUCGUAAAACGUGAUGAGUUGACAUUGGAAGGCAUCAAGCCAGAUGUGAUGAGAGGUGGCGCCAUUAUACAAUAUGCCGGCAUACAGCUGCUGCCACUCUGGCGAAUUCGAGUACACCUAAAAGAAUUCCGAGCAGGAAACAGUCGAGUGUUGAUUUCGACUGAUGUGUGGGCACGAGGUCUUGAUGUUCCUCAGGUUUCCCUCGUUAUCAAUUAUGACCUCCCAAAUAAUCGUGAAUUGUACAUUCAUCGUAUUGGUCGCUCGGGUCGAUUCGGAAGAAAGGUUAGUGCGGUCAACAUUCGAUGA